AGACAGAGAGAGAAAGAGAGAGAGAGAGAGAGACAGAGUCUCAGAGAGAUCAAAGCGGGACAGAUAGUGAAGAGAAAGAAAGCAAGAGAGAGAGAGAGGCAGUGGGAGAGAUUUUCUGGUGGAAAUUCGAAGGAGAUUCUUGUGCGGUUUUGAUCUCGCCAGAGAUUCCUACCGUCUGCUGAAGCUCGGAAUUCGGAAACUUUGUGAGUGAAGUGUGGGAUUCAUAUUCAGGUCGAUUUGCUCAAGCGCUUGGAGCGGAUAAUGCACGUGAAUUUUUAAUUCAGAUCAAAAUUCGCUGAAUUCUGCAAUUCAAUUUUCCGGUUAAUGGUUUUACGUGUACGGAACAUUUGCAAGCUAAAUUUGUGGCCAAUAAAUUUUAUUUCCUCGGGAAAGAGACAGAAAUUAUCUUUGCAAUAACUCUCGGCGUGCUCCAGAGUAAUUUCUUCGUUUUGAGCUUUCAAAUCGGAAUCCGAUUGCUUCUAAGCAGCAAAUGCGCCUCCGAUCUUCUAGCGGAGGCGUAAAUUCUCAGACAAGAUUCUUCUUUUGUCUAGCACAGGGAUCUGAGAAGAAGCGCUGAGAAUUUCGGUCUCCAACGUCCCAGUACCGGUUUGAAUUGCAAAAAUUUCAAACAAAUUCAACUUUAUUUGGUGACUUCACUGAAUUCCCGUGAGAAUUUUGGUUGUUUUCAAAAUUCUGUUGAAUUACCGGAAAAAUCAGGUGAGAAAAAUCUAUAAGGUGUGAAUGGAGCUUCCUCAACCACGUCCUUUUGGAACCGAAGGGCGAAAACCAACACAUGACUUUCUGUCUCUGUACAGUCAUUCAACUGCCCAACAAGAUCCACUACCAGCUUCUCAAGGAGGAGGUUACCCGAAAACUCAUGAUUUCCUACAGCCACUAGAGCGGAUAGGAAGGAGCAGUGCAAAGGAAGAAAGCACAGUUGAUAUUUCAACUGUGGAAAAGCCAGCGCCACCGGCAGCGCCUGCUUCGGAGGAGCACAUUCUCCCUGGAGGGAUUGGGACAUACAGUAUAAGCCACAUUUCGUAUUUUGCUCAUCAAAGGGUUCCGAAGCCAGAGGGUUCCAUAUUCACGGUGGCACAAACGAGUAGUACGGAUAGGAACGAUGAGAAUUCCAACUGCACUUCUUACACAGGAAGUGGUUUCACGUUGUGGGAAGAAUCUGCAGCAUUGAAAAAGGGAAAGACAGGGAAGGAGAAUAUGGGCGAAAAACCCAUUGUGAGAGAGGGAGGGGCCAAGUUGGGACAAUGGACGACGUCGGAGAGGCCGUCACAGUCAUCUACCAGCAACAGCAACAACAACAACCAUCGGAACAGCUUCAGCUCUCUCUCUUCCUCUCAGGCAGCGGGGCAGAAGAACAAGAGCUUCAUGGAAAUGAUAAAAUCGGCCAAGGUUGGUAAUGCCGAGGAAGAUGACUUAGACUACGAGGAAGAGUUUGUCCUUAAGAAAGAGCCCUCUACUAGUGUUACUACUGCCCACAGAGGGGAAUUGAGGGUGAAAGUGGACGGGAAGGACUCUGAUCAGAAGGCUAACACUCCCCGCUCGAAGCAUUCUGCGACAGAGCAGCGUAGGAGAAGCAAAAUCAACGAUAGGUUUCAGAUGUUGAGAGAACUCAUUCCUCAUAGUGACCAAAAGAGAGAUAAGGCAUCAUUUUUGUUAGAGGUUAUUGAGUACAUUCAGUUUUUACAGGAGAAAGUACAGAAGUACGAGGGGUCAUACCAAGGAUGGAAUCAUGAGCCGGAAAAAUUGAUGCCAUGGAGAAACAAUCACAGGCCUACUGAAAGUUAUGUUGAUCAGUCUCGAGUCAUAAAUAGUGGGUCUGCUCCUGCAUUAGUGUUUACUGGGAAGUUUGAUGAGAAAACUGUCUCUGUCUCCCCAACCAUUACUGGGAGUGCACAGCACCCAGUAGAAUCUGACGUUAGUACUGUCACUACCUUUAAACAGAUGGAUCACCAUCCUGGAAUCACCAAUAAGGCAAUGCCUUUUCCAAUGCCAUUGCAUUCAAACUUCUUCACACCUGUCAGGACCAGCGCUGCAGUACCUGAACUUCCUCCUAAAUUGGUAUCUGACGGAAAAGAUAUUCCAUCACUGCCCCCACCACAGAUAUGUCAGGUGAGAUCAUGCACUACAGAUGGGACUGCUACUAGUGAUAAGCUGAAAGAACAGGAGUUGACUGUUGAAGGUGGUACCAUUAGCAUCUCAAGUGUGUACUCUCAAGGGUUGUUGAGUACUCUGACACAAGCACUGCAGAGUUCUGGAGUGGAUUUGUCACAGGCCAGCAUUUCAGUGCAAAUUGAGCUUGGGAAGCGAUCUAACAGUAGAGUGACUGGAUCACCAUCCAUUGUUAAGGAUAAGCAUGUUCCUGGUAGCAAUCAAGGGACAACACGUUCUAGAGUUGUGAGUGCUGAAGAUUCUGAGAAAGCCCUAAAGAAGCCCAAGACGGGCAAAAGCUAAUAUCACAAUUUCAUUAGUUUCUUUUUUUUUUUUUUUCAAUUAUAUUAAUUCAUUUUUUCGGGUAGCCUAUAUCAUCUUGGAGGGGUUAUUCAUGUCUUCUGCUGGUUUAUAAACUGCCCAGUUGAGACCAAGAUUGAUUGUACAUGUAGCGUCUCUCAGUUAGUUUGUUUGGGUUCCACAGAUUUCCGGGCAAAAUAAUAUGUAUUAUUUAUUUUCUAUUUGUUGUCAUCAUAGAGGCUUCCAUAUUGAUAUUGAGAAGCUGCUUUUUCAUUAAGGUUUCCAUUAAUGUAAAGUUUCUUUCAAUA